AUGACUGCAUCGCACGUGUUAGCAGUCGCGGCCCUGACCGCUACCGUCCUUGGUCUUCCGCCGCUUCACCAGCCCUUCAAAAAGCCGCAGCUCUGGCUGUCCAGGGCCCAAAGUGGCAUCGGUCCGCUCAAAUUCCAGUCCGACGGCACCUUUCAGAUAUGCAUCUUUGAGGACCUCCACUUUGGAGAGAACGCUUGGGAUAACUGGGGCCCGCGACAGGACAUCCACUCCGUCAAGGUCAUCGAAAAGAUCCUCGAUGUCGAGCCUCGUGCCGGUCUCGUCGUCCUCAACGGCGAUCUCAUCACAGGCGAAAACACAUUCUUAGAGAACAGCACGCAUUACAUCGACCAGAUGGUCUCUCCUAUGGUCCAGCGAGGGCUGACCUGGGCGUCAGCGUAUGGCAAUCACGACAGCGACUACAACAUCUCGACCUCACAUAUUCUGGCGAGGGAAAAGCAGUGGCCGAACUCCCGUACCGAGAAGAUGGUGUCUGAUCCUGAUGCAGGCGUCUCGAACUACUACUUGCCCGUGUACGCAGCCGACUGCACCUCGGAAGCCGAAUGCGAGCCCAAACUCCUGCUUUGGUUUUUCGACAGCCGCGGCGGCUUCCACUAUCAGCGCACAGACCCGGCAACCGGUAACCGCGUUGGGAAGCCGAACUGGGUAGACUCUCGCGUGGUAGACUGGUUCAAACGGACGAAUGCGGACCUGGUAGCCGCCGCGGGCAAAGUCAUUCCAUCGCUCGGCUUUGUGCACAUACCCACGAAUGCGUCCCUGGCGUUGCAGAACAAGGGUGUCGACCCGUAUCGCCAGCCCGGCAUCAACGACGACCGGCCCCUCGCACAACAGGCUCAGGGCUGGUGUGCUGACGGCACCAACGAUGGGAGCUGUUCGUACGGCGGACAAGACGUUCCAUUUAUGCAAGCCAUCACCUCCACCCCAGGGUUCAUGGCGUUAUUCUCCGGGCACGACCAUGGCAACACGUGGUGCUAUAAAUGGAAUGACCAGCUCCCCGGAAUGAGUGUCGAGGGCAACGGCGUCAAUCUCUGUUUCGGACAACACUCGGGCUAUGGUGGCUACGGCAGCUGGAUUCGCGGCGCACGCCAAGUGGUUGCGUCAUUACAAAGUCUCCAAGACUUUGUUGUCGACACAUAUAUCCGUCUCGAAUCAGGGGAAUCGGUUGGUGCCGUCACACUCAACGCGACAUAUGGUCAGGACUUGUAUCCCAAGACGCCCAACGACAAGACGAGAUGCCCGGACUGCUAG